UAAGAGAUCGUAUCCCUCUCAAAGUUUUCCACAUAAAAUCUCUCAUUACCCUCUCAAACCUCAAAGCACACCCUCCCACUCACUAACGAACUAACAUGCGCACGAUUGAAAACUAUCGCCCCUCUCCCGUUGCUAAAAUGAGCAUGGUGCGUGAUUCACCCGCUUACUUGGCCUGAAUUCUCCUCCUCCUCCCUUUAAAAAAGGAACCGUCUUUUUCGCUUAGCUCUCUUCUCCUUUUCUCUCUUGUUUCAGAUUUCUUUAGCUGAGAUUGUAAGAUUCUUUAUCUCCGAGUGAUGCAGAGUAUGCUGAGAUCAAUUAUUGACAAGAACCAAUGUCUUCUGACAUAAGCUAAACUCUCUUCUUACAACCUCUUUCUCUCUCUCUCUCUCUCUCUCUCUGCUUCCUUUUCCUCUCUCUUCUUCUUGUAAAGUUUUGAACUUUAGUUCGUGAACUAUAUGGCGGCAGCUCAAGGCAACAGAUCUAUCUCGCUGGUUCUGUUUCCAACUGUUUGAAAGUCUGCUUCUUUGGUGUUUUUUUUUUCUGAGGCUCUAGGGUUGUUAAAUUAGAUUCCUUUUGGGCUUUUUGGGGGGAAAGGAAUGGGUAAGAGGCAAAUCUCACAGGAUGAAGUAGGUCCACCGAUAAAUCCAAGAGCUGGAUUACGAAGAGAACAAGCUGGAAGAGGUUCAUACAGGGGUAGUUAGUCACUUUGUAGCUUACCGAAGGUCAAAAAGGUUUCUUUUAUUUAUUUAUUUUUGUGUCUGGUUAGGGAGAGAAGAAAGUGUACACUAAAGUUUGUUAUUUUUAGAACCAAGGGAAAGGGUUUGUGUUUCUCACCUCCGUCUCUCUUGAGUCGGACAUUAGUGAAGGGGAGUGGGGGGUUGUUUUUGGCCCUUUAGAAUGGGUUCUACUUCGCAAGAGAUACUGAGGAGCCUUUGCUCCAACACAGACUGGAAGUAUGCUGUGUUCUGGAAACUUAACCAUCGAUCUCGAAUGGUACUUACCUUGGAGGAUGCUUACUAUGACAAUCAUCGGCACAACGACUCACUAAAAAACAUGCAUGGAGCACAUGACCCCCUGGGUUUAGCUUUGGCGAAGAUGGCUUAUCAUGUCUAUUCUCUAGGGGAAGGGAUUAUAGGACAUGUUGCGGUUUCUGGAGAACAUCAAUGGUUAUUCCCGGAAUAUUAUGACAACUAUCACUCAGUAUCUGAGUUUCAUAAUGUUUGGGAGAGUCAAAUAUCUGCUGGAAUCAAGACCGUUCUUGUAGUAGCUGUUGGUCCCUGUGGUGUUGUGCAACUAGGCUCUCUGCGUAAAAUUGAUGAAGAUGUAACAUUGGUGAAUCAUAUAAAACAUAUGUUUUUGGCACUCAAGGAUCCACUGGCAGAUCAUGCAGCAAAUUUAAUGCAAUAUAAUAUGAACAAUUCGUUGUGUCUGCCAAAAUUACCUUCUGAAUGUUUACAUGUUGAGGCUUUCUCUAAUUGCUCUGGAGAAGUUGGCAAAGCUAUGGAGGUGGAAGAGUCAAGUUUUCUAACUCAGUAUCCUAGUUUACAUCCGUAUUUGAAGAAUCAUGCGCUCAACAACACAAGCUCAUCUGCUUUAGCCAUUGAGGCUGAAAGAUUGAUAACAGAUCAAUCAUAUCCAGGCCUGGACUCAUCAACUUUUCAUAAUUUAUCUGAGCCUAUGCCGGAGAGGAGAUGUGAGUCAAGUCGAUUUGAUGCUUUGAUCUCAUCUGGAUACACUUUUCCUGGCAGCGAGCUGUUAGAGGCAUUAGGCUCUGGUUUCAAGCAAACGAGCAGGGAGCUAGUGAAGUCUGAACAUGGCUCAGCAACGAGACCAACAGAUGAUAAUAUGAGUCAUAGCCAGCUUACGUUUGACUCUGCCCCUGAGAAUCUUCUAGAUGCUGUGGUGGCUAAUGUUUGUCAUAGCGAUGGCAAUGCCAGGGAUGAUAUCUUCUCGAGCAGAUCUGUACAGUCAUUUCUUACCAGCAUGGAAAUGGCAGAACCCUCAGGUCAAAACAAUCAUAUUAUGAUGAAUCAGCUGCCACCAGCAGCAGAGGUGGAUACUCAACAGAAUACGUCAGACAUCUGUGGUGCAUUUUCUUCGAUUGGAUUCUCAUCCACGUGUCCCAGCUCCUCUAGUGAUCAUUUUCAGACGUCCCUGGAGAUGCCUAAGAAGAACAAAAAGAGGGCCAAACCUGGCGAAAGUUCUCGGCCUCGCCCAAGAGACAGGCAGCUCAUUCAGGAUCGAAUCAAGGAACUUCGAGAACUUGUGCCUAAUGGAUCAAAGUGCAGUAUUGAUUCUUUGCUAGAACGCACGAUCAAACACAUGCUCUUUCUGCAGAAUGUUACUAAGCAUGCUGACAAGCUCAGUAAAAGUGCUAAUACAAAGAUGCAACAAAAGGAAACAGGCGCGCAAGGUUCAACCUGCGCAGUGGAGGUUGGAGGCCAUCUUCAAGUGUGCUCUAUUAUCGUGGAGAAUCUGAACAAGCAUGGGAUGGUGCUUAUCGAGAUGUUAUGUGAAGAAUGUAGCCAUUUUCUUGAGAUAUCAAACGUGAUCAGGAGCUUGGAUCUUACCAUUUUGAGAGGCGUCACCGAGGCUCAGGGAGAUAAAACAUGGAUAUGCUUUGUAGUUGAGAGUCAAAGCAACAAAGUGAUGCAGAGAAUGGACAUUUUGUGGUCUUUGGUUCAAAUAUUUCAGCCAAAGGCCAAUGGCAAGCCGUAGUUGGUUGCAAGACUUUUGCGUUUACUUGGUUGGGAAAGGCUUUGGGUUUUUAGGUAUAAAAUUUAGCUCUCAGUGUGCAUUUUGGAGUUUUUAGUGUGUUUAUGAUUGCAUGUUGUUUGCUUUGGAGUUUGGAUCCUUUUGAAUUACACAGUAAAAUAUUAUAAAUCAAAUCCCCUUAAUGUUGUAUUCUUAUUUCCUUAUUAACUUGAAACUUUUUUA